CCUGGUUCACAUAUGUGAAAUGUUUAUUUACAAAAUAAAUUAAAAUUAAUACGAAAAUGAAUUCCUCCGGAGAAUUGCAUCCAAAUUGGCUGGCUCUAACGACACUGCCACUUCAGCUUAAGAGGUUCGUCCGUGCAGGAGAUCCGGAUAUUGUUCUUGAAUCCCCGAAUGCGAUUAAACACCAAAUCGAUGGACUAAAUGGAACAGAGGCUCAGGAAUUCUACAAGGAGGUUCUAGAUGCUCCUUCAACGUGCAAAAUUGCAGAUGCCUCAUCUAGUAAGAAAAGAGAAACGACGCGGACCCAGAAGAAGUUACAAGUGCCUUUUGAUAAGACCAAAUUCUUCCGAUUGGCCACUGGCAACAAUGUGGAGGAGUUGUCCCAAAUGGAGGUUUCUGAAGAGGAUCUCAAUUCCCGUGAUUCCUUCGGCUGGACUGCCUUGAUGAUGGCUGCUUGUGAAGGGGCCGUCGAAGUAGUAGUUUGGCUUCUACAAAAAGGUAUCCAUGUGGAGACUACAGACAAAUCCGGAAAUACAGCUUUUAAACUGGCACAGCGAAAAGGUCACUCGGAAAUAGUACAGCUGUUGGAAACCUUGCCCUUAUCUGAAGAAGCUACCGAUGAGGAGGAAACAAUAGAUGUUAACAGUCCGUUUUACUGCGAAGUCUGUAAAAGAGACUAUAAGGAAACUCCCUGGCCGGUUCAUCAAACCUCCACCGUGCAUCAGUUCAAUCUGAAGGCUCUGCCCGCCCAUAAACUACACAAGUUUAAUAUAUCGGCCAAGAACCGAGGUCUGCAGUUGAUGGUGAAACAGGGCUGGGAUCAGGAGCACGGAUUAGGACCCAGUCAAAGUGGAAGACUAUAUCCUGUGAAGACCGUUCUUCGCAAGCAACGCACUGGACUAGGAAUCGAGCAGCAGCCCGCGAGGGUCACCCACUUUGGAGCCUUUGAUUUAAACGCUGUUAGGAAAAGAUAUCCCAUAUAUCAGCCGAGACGAACCCGGAGCGAUAUGCAGAGGGAAAAAGUUAGGGAAUGGAAACGGGAGAGACAUUUGCGCAGGGAAUUAAGUUAGAAAUAACGUAGACAUAGAACUAUCUUUUUUAUAAGAUCUAAAUAGUUAACUAGAUUGUUAAUAAAUCUGUAAAUUAGUA